UUUCGCGGGAGUUCACCACGCUCUAGUCCCUAAUCUCCAGUGUGUUUACUCAUAUCGUCGCACACUCUGUGUAGAUUGUUGUGCAGAGCGUGUACAUGCACGCAUACGCAUGCACGCGCAUGACCGCGAGCUGGCCGAGACCGCUGAAAUAUAUUAGAAGAGACCGAUACACAGAUGGAUGUUUGUUUGGUUGUUGAAGUGGAAUCUGCCAGUGUAGGUUCUGUUGAUCAAGUAAAUGAGACGCAAAAUACACAAAGUUCUUCCAGCCUGGACUUGUCCGAUCUCAGGGAAGAGGAGGACUGUGAGAAACGAACACAUGAAAGACAGGAGGAGGGCAAAGUAUUAGAGACUGAUAAGAAAGACCAUCAGAUUAGCCAUGAAGAAGGUGAAGAAGAAAAAAAGCCUAAAAAUGAGUUAAAGGAGGAGGAAAUGGCAUCAGCGCAUGAAAACUGUGGGCAAGAACGGAAUGAGCAUGAGGUUGCUGAGGAGAAACUGGAGAUAGAACUGGUAACUUUUGAUCUAAGCCUCCAGCUAGACCCUGAUGGAGGUGUGAAUAAGGAGAGCGCUGAGGAUGAGCACAUUAAAGUGGAACAGGAAGACAAAACGCUAUGUGGCAAUAUAAAAGACAACAUGAAGAUUGAAGAAAAAGAGGUAGAUGAGGAAAAUAUGGAAGAGAUUGAGUAUCUGGUGGUGGAGGAAUCCCCGGAGGUAAUAAUAGACAACAUAAACGAAAUGGAGCAUGAGAGUUCAGGGCAAUACGAGGAGCCGCAAGUCUUCGGGGUAAAAGAAGAAGACAAACAGGGUGGUUUUGUUGGGACAGUUAUGCUUGAAGUGGAGAACAUACAGGACGUCAGCUCAGCUGGAUCAGCAACGGGUGUGGGUAAAACAGAGGAGAAGAUGGAGGUAGAUGAUCCAAAUGAUGCAGGGCCUAUUGUGAACGUAGUUUCACUUCUGGCCAAAGCAGAAAGCCGAUUUGAUGAGGGAUCAAGUUCUGACUCAUCUGAAGGUUUGAAUAAAACUGAAAACCAUACAAAUCAGAGUUGGGAGAAGGAGCCGCCAGCAUACACACAGCCAGAGCAUUCUGUUCAUCCUGAAAUAAAAGCUGAGAAAAGGUUCGAGCCCGCCACUUCUAGCUCUCCACUUGUGAAGAUAAAGGAUGAACCAAUAGACGAGGAGUAUGAGAAAGCUCUCGAUCCUCAGGCUCCAGCUGGAAAGAUAAAAGAUGAACCAGACACAUCUGAAGAUUUUGGCCAGAAGGCAUCAGAGCAAAUCAAGAUCAGUGCUGUGUUCUCCGUUGGUGAAAGCUCUACUGCUUUAGGAUCUCCAGCUGUGGCCCCCGCUGCCACUGUGGCCCCCGCUGCCACUGUGGCCCCCGCUGCCACUGUGGCCCCCGCUGCCACUGUGGCCCCCGCUGCCACUGUGGCAUCCAGCACCUCAGCGCCUCUUCUGACGCUCUCUGGCAGCUCCCUGUAUGUGGUUUGUUCAGGCUGUAAAAAGAUUCUGCUUAAAGGCCAGACAGCGUUCCAGCGUAAAGGCAGCUCUCAACUCUACUGUUCACCACGUUGCCUCUGCAGCAGCACGUUUGCUGACUGUGUGCCCCUGCCUAUCACUAAAAAGACUUGUCAUUACUGCCUCAAGGUAAUUCCCAACCCUAAGGAUAUCAUCCUUGCCCCAGUGGAUUCCACAAAGGCAGUUAAGGAAUUCUGCAGUCAGAAAUGUCUCAGCACCUUUAACUCCAAGAGGGAGAGUGCAACUUCUUCACUUACCACAAAAUGCGACAUGUGUCAAAAAGCAUGCACUAUCCGCCAUGAGGUGAACUUCAUGGGCAACAUCCAGAAGCUAUGCGGUGACGCUUGCUUUCAAAAAUUCCGUUCUUCCAAAAAGCUCAGUCUGAACUGCUGUAUAACCUGCGGGAGUUACUGCUACAGCGAUGGCAAGAGUCCGUCUUUGUUAGUCGACGGCACCGUUAAGAAUUUUUGCAGCCACAGAUGUGUCUCCCCCUUCAAAAAGACAUACACGAAGACUGUGCCUUGUCUGAUGUGCAAAGUGUAUCGAACCAUAACAGAAAUGGUGCAAAACGUCAGUUCAAAUGGUAACAUAGAGCUGUUCUGCUCCACUGGAUGUGUGACCGCUCACAAAAUGCAGAUAGUCAGCUUAUCAGGUUCCUCACUUGAAUGCAACCACUGUAAGAAGGUUGUAGUGCCUCAGUAUCACCUCGCCAUGUCCGAUGGUACCAUCCGCAACUUCUGCUGCCUCACCUGUGUCAUAUCAUUUCAGGAUUCCUUCAACAAGACACAUACUCAGAGCAACCAGCUGAACGUCGCCCCUUCUUUAAACACCACUCAGUCAAAGCCUGCCCCUAUAGUGCUGUCUGAAUCCGCAGAGUGUAACUCACCCGGCUUACCCCAGUCCCCUUCAGUCACCCAACUGGCCUGUGCACAGUGUCCGCGUUUAUUCAAGUCCAAGCCUGAGCUGCUGGAAUUUAAGGGAAAGAUGUACGUGUUCUGUGGUAAGACUUGCACCGAUGAGUUCAGGAGGACCCACUACAUCAUGGCCCAGUGUGUGUACUGCAAAAUCGAAAAGGUGGUGAAGGAGGUGAAGAGGAUUAACUACCUGGACUGCUCGUUCUGUAGUGAAGGGUGCAAACUUCUCUACAAGCACGACCUUUCCAAACGCUGGGGGAAAAGGCACUGUCGCAACUGCCUGUACUGCAGUAGCACCUCUCAGACUUUAACCACCAGCAUUUUCUCUGGUAAACAGGAGGAGUUCUGUGGCAACGAAUGUCUUUCCCAGUACACACUGCUAUUCUGUGAGGUGGCCAAAUGCAGCAUGUGCAAGCGUGCCAGGAAGAUGACCGAGACGGUAAAAUGGCUGAAAGAAAUGAAGCACUUCUGUAAUCUGCAGUGUCUCAUUAAUUUUUGUAGCCAACAAGCAUGCACAGCUUCUCCUGUAACUAGUGCAAAAUCUGCUCUCACACAAGUGCCGGUCUCCAUAGCACCUGCAACCCAUACCACCGUCUCCAUAGCACCUGCAACCCAUACCACCGUCUCCAUAGCACCUGCAACCCACACCACCGUCUCCGUAGCACCUGCAACCCACACCACCGUCUCCGUGGCACCUGCAACCCAUACCACCGUCUCCGUGGCACCUGCAACCCAUACCACCGUCUCCAAAGCACCUGCAACCCAUACCACCGUCUCCAGCGUACCAACUCUCCCAUCAAUGGCUCCAAAAGAUUCCACGCCUGUUAUCGCCAAUGUUAUAUCGCUGUCCAAUUCACUACCCAGUGCCACCAAUGGACAGCCUAGUGUCCCGGGAAGUUCAGCAUUAAAAGGAACCGUCCCUAAUGUUGUGAAGGUGUUAGGACACGUAAGCACACAGACGGAUGCUGUGAAGCCACCCCCUGCUGCUCCUACGAGAAUUUUGAAGAACAAGGCUUUGCUCUGCAAGCCUAUGAAUGUGAACAAGGGCACGUCCUGCAAACCCAACACUUCUGAUGCGAACACGCAAACAGAUGAAACCCCACCUAAAGUAAUAGUGCUACCCUUACCAGUGCCAGUGUUUUUUCCUGUGCCUAUGCACCUCUACACGCAGUACUCACCGUACCCUGUCGGACUUCCAUUUCCGGUGCCAGUGCCCAUGUUUCUGCCCACUACUCUGGAUAGCGCUGAACGAAUAGUGGAAACGAUUCAGACGAUCAGAGAGAGAAUCCCAGACAAUCCGCUGGAGGCUGACCUUAUCAUGAUGGCAGAGAUGGUGGCCCAGGACAGUGAGAAGGACAAAGCUGUCUCCCAAGGAGACCAGGAUGAAAAUUUUAUCGAAGAUUUCGAUUUAGAAGUCCUGUCCGGCCACAUAAGCUGGGAGGACGACAGCCUCUCGAGUGGCUCCCGGUGGACACGGAGCUCAGAAUCUGAAAAAAUGCCUCCAUCCAAACAGGCACAGUCUCCCAGCCUAACGCCACAAGAGUCACAAACGGACCUGGAGGCAGAUUUUCCACUCGAGAACUUGAAGCAUUUGGAAUGUCGCACAGACGAAAACAAGACAGUGACCACCAGUACCAGGCCGAAAACACGCAAAAGGAGUCGUGAAUGUUACUCUCAGAAAAAACGAGCCCACAAACGUACAGAAGCUCCUCAGACACCAGCAGCCGAUGUUUUGCACCCGACCAGAGUGUACACUGAAUACGGCAUUCAGGCAUGGAAGAGCUGGGUACGCUGGAGGGAAAAGCAGCCUAAUAUGGAGAUGCCUAAAUUUGGCUCACGAAACAUUACAAUAAAGGAGGACCUGUUACAGUGCAGCACGGCUGAGCUCAGUUACGGCUUGUGCAAGUUUAUCAGUGAAGUUCGGCGCCCUAAUGGAGAAAUCUACGGUCCAGACAGCAUCUAUUACCUCUGCUUAGGCAUUCAGCAGCACCUUUUUGAAAAUAACAGAAUGGAGAACAUUUUUGCUGACUCGUUUUACACUAAAUUUAGUCAGACCAUGUGCAGUUUACUGAAAGACUGGAAACCUACUAUACUUCCCAGUGGCUACGUGCACUCUCGAGUUAAAGAAGAGUAUCUAUGGGAGUGUAAGCAGUUGGGUGCGUUCUCCCCGAGCGUGCUCCUCAAUACUCUAAUUUUCUUCUGCACCAAGUUUUUCAACUUUAAGACCGUAGCACAGCACCAGCGCCUUUCCUUCGCCCACAUCAUGCGCUGCACUCGUGCACACAGCAACGGGAGUAAGAUCACUUGUCUUCGGUUUUACCCCCCCGUGCACAAAGAAAUUAAAAGCACAGCGGAUGAAGAUCUAGAUGGUGUCCCUGCGAAAAGGCAAAAAGAAGAAGAAGGGGAGGAAGGCGUGGUGCUGGAGAUGCUGGAGAAUCCGGAGAACCCUCUCCGGUGUCCUGUUAGACUCUAUGAGUUCUAUCUCUCCAAAUGCUCAAGCACUGUAAAACAGCGCACGUCUGUGUUUUACCUGCGUCCCGAGCGCUCAUGUGUCUCCAACAGCCCCUUGUGGUUCUCGCACAUGUCUCUGGAUGACGAGGAGCUGGAGCGUAUGCUCACUCGCAUCCUGACCAUUCGAGAGAUCUACCUGGAGAGAGAAAAAUCUGCUGACACAUCUGAAGCAGAGAACCCAACUGAUUUAGAAUGAUAUAACAGUAUACUUUUAUAGACAAAUGGCUUUAAA